UACUGAUAUUUUGAAUCAAAAAGUUCAGUCCAGUAGUGUCUGUCCGGAAAGUGUGAAAUAUGGAAGAUUUGAAACAUUUCAAUGAGAGUGAGUUCAGAAGAGUUUCACUGUUGUCUGAGCUCCGUUUAUCCCAAAUUAACGAAGAUCCGAAAAAAAUUCCACCGAAGGAUAAAUAUAAUUUAGUUCUCUUCGUGUUCUUUUUCUUAGGAUUUGGAGGAAUGGUUCCGGGAAGUUUUUUCCUAACCGCUACUGAUUAUUGGAUGUUCAAAUUCAGGGAUGUCAGUCAAGAUCACUAUGACCCGAGAAACAAAACAUAUUUACAGACAAAUUUUGCCUCGAUCAGUUCUAUUAUCCAUUCCAUUCCCACUAUGGUGACAACUAUAUUGGUUUCAAUGUUUGGACACAAACUGGACGUGAGAUUCCGUUUGCUGAGCACCCUCUCAGUUUUAACUGGAACUUUCAUACUUUUUACAAUAUUUGUUGUUGUUGAUACAGAUUCAUGGCAGAUGGGUUUUUUCAUUCUCACCAUGGCGGUCACUGUAGUGAAUUCGAUUGCUGGAAUCCUUUUGGGAGUCACACAUUUUGCGAUAAUCGCAAAGUUUCCGACAGCUUAUUUGAAAUUCCACAUGUAUGGAAGUACAACAGGGGGAAUUUUCAGCUCUGUACUUCAGGUAAUAUGUUUGUCUUCCGGUGGAAAUUCUACUCAAGUGGGUUUGAUGUAUUACCUUGUCGGUACGUCGAUAUUGAUUGUGACUGUGCUAGCGGCUUAUUCAACAAAAUACCUUCCACUAUUCCAAUUUUAUAUGGGUGAUACUUCAGAAAGUACACGAAAACCAAUGCCAUCUUUAUCAGUACUGAAGGACGUUUCAAAAAGGAUGUGGCCUUUUCUUGUUCCGAUGAUAUGGGGGUUGCCUACAUUUGCCUGGUGUUCUCCUACCAUUUUGAUAUUGAUAGUACCUGAAAAUUACAAACGAGGCGAUCCUUGGACGGACAAAUAUUUCAUUCCGGUGAUAACUUUCCUUCUGCCUAGUAUCAUUGGUUUAUUCUCAAGAGUUGGAGCAAAGCCAUGGAUGACG